AUGAAGACACUUCCCAUUCGUGUUGCUGGCGGCGGUCAACCCUCCACGGUUGCCAGAGACACACCCGUCACGCCCUUCUCACAGUCGGUCUUGUCGAAUCUCGUAUCGACGCACAAGCCUGCGCUGUCUCAAGAUGGUUGCCAGUUUCCCGACGAGUCGUCCUUCUUGUCAUAUAUGGCUUCCAAGAAGUCGAGCGCCAUGGCAGACCUCAACACCCCCGAUUACAGCUAUCCGCUGUCCUCCUAUUACAUUAGCUCGAGCCACAACACGUAUCUUUCUGGCCACCAGCUAUACGGCGAGGCAAGUGUUGAUGCAUACAAGAUCGUCCUAAACCGCGGCUGCAGGUGCCUGGAAAUCGAUGUGUGGGAUGGUGACAGCGAUUCAGACACCAGCAGCUCGGAAGGUGAACAAGAGCAAGGUGAUACAUAUGGCCGGACAAGGUCCGACUCCAAACCAUCUCGAUGGAACAGAGUGAAAGCUCGUGCAGCAAGGAUGCGCUCUCGCUCUCGCUCUCACUCGGGGUCGCUGGUGAACAGCGACCGACCUCCAGACUUGGGUACUUUGCAGAUUGCGGAUGCGGAUGGUGAAUCCAGGACCACUGCCGCAUCUCGCAAGUCUGAAAUGUCAAAUUUGAGUCCAACCUACCUACACCCCCAGCCGUCAACCAUGCUUUCCUCCAAAAGCGAGCCUCGAGUUCUCCACGGCUACACCCUCACUCAUUCCGUAACAUUCCGCUCUGUUUGUCAGUCUAUCAAGGAGUCGGCUUUCCUGAGCACUGACCUACCUAUAAUUGUCUCGCUCGAAGUUCAUGCUUCCCUCCCUCAGCAGGAGAUCAUGGUGGAUAUUAUGCGGGAAGUUUGGUCUGGAUUACUGGUGGAUAUCAGCACGGAAACUGACAUGUCGGUUCUUCCAUCGCCGGAGUCACUGAAACGGAAAAUUCUCAUCAAAGUCAAGUGGACGACGGACCCAAACACCGGGGAAUCCAACAAUCCGAUCAACCUGGCAGUAUCGAACUCCACCGAUGGAAGCACCGAAGACGGGUCAGCGAGUUCCUUGGACAAGAAGAAGCCCUCCAAGGUACUCAAGUCCCUCUCUGAACUAGGUGUCUACACCCGGGCCUACACUUUCAAGCACUUCGCGCAACCAGAAGCGUCCAUCCCUACCCACGUCUUCAGCUUGUCCGAAAACAAAGUGCUCUCCAUGCAUUCAGACCCGUUCCAUGGCCCGGCGUUGUUUGACCAUAACAAGAAAUAUAUGAUGAGAGUGUUCCCCAAAGGAACGAGGAUAAACAGCUCCAACACCGACCCGACCUUUCACUGGCGACAAGGCGCUCAGAUGGUGGCCUUGAAUUGGCAAAAGCUCGACAAGGGCAUGAUGCUUAAUGAGGGUAUGUUCGCAGGUACGAAAGGAUGGGUGCUAAAGCCGGAGGGCUAUCGCUAUAACGAAGCCCACAGGCAAGUGCAUGGCACGCCUACCAUUGCGCCCAGAACCCAAUGGCUUGAUCUCGAGGUACGCCUCCUCGCAGCACAGAGACUACCAUUACCGGCGGACAAGGAUGCGUCUUAUGCUUCCAAGAUCAGGCCGUACGUCAGACUUCAGCUCCACGUUGACACUCAUGGCCCACCGGGGCAAGGUAAAGGUCCCAAUGUUCCGAACAAAGCGCAGCUCGACGCCGACGCGGGUAGCGGUGACGAAAUAGACGACAAGUACUACAAGCGUAGAUCCGCGACAUCCAGGAGUGACUGUCCUGAUUUUGGCAAUGAGAAACUGAGCUGGAUGAAAAUCUCAGAAGUGGUCGAGGAGUUGAGCUUUCUCAGACUGAAAGUCAUGGACGACCGAUCGAUUGGCAAAGACAACCUACUUGCUUGGGCGUGCAUCCGUCUCGACCGCCUCCAGCCGGGUUACAGAUUCAUUCAUUUGCUUGAUUCGACGGGCUUGCCGGUGCAGGGAGCAUUGCUUGUGCAUAUCUCGAAAGAUCUGGCUUAG